CACCCAUUCCGGUGACUGUUGUAGCUAAUAUAAGCGGGGGUUUUAUAACUAAAAUGGAAAGAAUAUAAAGUUGUGAGCUUUAUCGUUUGGCAUUUGAACCUUUAUAAGGCAUGUUAGCUGAGUCUCUGGGUCCUGAUCCCUUGGCUUCAGGAGCAAAAUGGAAGCCCUCUGGGAAGAAUAUCAAAGAUCCAGGGAUUCACCAGAGGCAACGGGGUGGAAAGUACCGGCGGGAAGCUUCCAGCCAAAGAAGCUGUCUCUUAGGGUUGGAAUUGAAGCCAGAGCUGGUCUGGGAGGACUGGGACCUGGGAGGAGAGUUCACUGAGACAUUAGUGUUAAAGAAUAUUCAUAGCAAGCUGCAGAAGCUGCACGUCAGGCCGCCACUGUCCAAGUUUUUCACCUUGAUUCCCCAGAUAAUUGUUCUCAGCCCGGGGACUUCGUUCUCCAUGCCAGUCAGCUUUAGACCAGUACAGAGGUGCGAGUAUGAAGACAGCAUUGAGUUUCAAGGUAAAGAUGGCAGUUUUCAAGUAUCCCUCCGUGCCACCAUUCCCUGUCAUGCCCUGGAGGUGCCUGACUCUGUGCUGCUGCCACUUUGUGCUGUUCAAAACUCUACUACGACUACUUUCCUGCUGAAAAAUGUCAGUAAACUUCAGACAUGUUUCCAGUGGGAGUUCACAGCACCGUUCCUACUAAGCCCUGAGCAAGGCCUGUUGAAGCCUGGCCAGGAGUGUCACAUCACUGUGCUCUUCCAACCACAAGAGGCACUGGUGUACCAGCAACAGGCCAACUGCAAGUUUGGAGAAGAAGGGGACAAGGCAGACAGCUGCUGCAUUGUGCUGCUGCAGGGACUAGCUAAAUACCCAUGUCUUCAGCUGAAAAAUCCAGGAACCAUGGAUGAAAAAGAACAGUGUGGUAAAGAGCUGCACUUUGGCUCUGUGGCAGUCGGGCAGAGUUUGCAGAAACACUUUUACAUCUUUAACCCCUCCCCUGUAACUGCGUCUUUCUCUCUUUCACAACUGUCCAGUGGGGCGCCUUUGUUGGGGUCAGUGUUCAGCUGUGAUGUGCCCAGGGGUAAGGUGGUGCCUGGAGGAUCAUUACGGGCUAAAGUCACCUAUACUCCUGCUGUGGUGGAUAGUGUCUCUGUUGAGUACUUAUCUCUAAAAUGUAGAGGAGCGCUCAAUGAAACUCUGAUCAAACUCACAGGAAACUGUGUAGGUCCCAACGUCUCCUUGUCCUCCUCUGUGGUGGACUUUGGCUGUGUUGAGGAAGGAGGAGCAGUCGUACAGACAGUGGAGCUGGUUAAUUCUUCGCCUGUUGAGGCUCUCUACCAAUGGGACCUCGAUUGUAGUGGGAACAGUGUGUUCAGCAUCCAGCCAGCAAGUGGCACUGUAUGCCCACAUAGCCAUACCACACUGAGGGCAGUCUAUAGGCCCACGCAGCCUAUUGCACAUCACAGGAGAGUGGCAUGUCUCAUACUGCACAGGGACCCCAUGUUCCUUGACCUGAUUGGUACCUGUCACUCAGAGCUCCAGCAGCCAGCCAUACUGAAACCUGAGCACUUGGUUCUUUACAAGCUCCACUGGUAUCGCAGACAGGACCUACCAGACACUCCCAGUGACAUGCAGCAGGAUCAUAAUGUACCCUUGGACCAAAAGGGAGCGCUCUGCCCAGUGGAGGAGCAGUCACCCCAGACACCAGACAGUGCUGGUGUUGUGUGCAGAAAUCCCAUGGAGGAAUAUUACCAAUCCUGCUUAGGGUGCAUGGAUCCCCUCUCUUCCAGCUCUUCUUUGUCGUCUCUACAUGUGUCUGUGAUGCCCAGUGAGCUACUGUUUAAUUACAAAAUGUCCUCUAUUUUGUCUACUUCAUCCACUUCCUCUCAGCCUGUCUCCAUCACCAACCACACCAGGGAGAAACUCAGCCUGGUGUGGACUGUUGCCCAAGACUCUCCGUUCACUGUCUCUCCCCCAUUAUGUGAGCUGGCUCCACUGAAGUCCACCUCAUUCAGGGUGACCUAUGACCCUAAGCAGCUCAAUACUUUGCACGGAGCGCAACUCGAAUGCUUUGCAUUCUAUAAGGACAAUCAAGACCUAGAGGACCAAGUGCUGUUACCACCCUGGUGUGUGACUGUCAGAGUCAUAGGCCACUCCUUUCAGCCCGGCAAAGAGCAUUUCAUCCCAAGCUGCUCUCUGAUGCCCCCUCGAGUGGUGUUUCCAGCACUUAGUGUUCUUUCCCAUCAGACAGUGCUCCUCCAGAAUUGUGGAGACCUGCCCCUCACUUUCUGUCUGGACCACAGUUUAAACCCUGCCUUGGCAGAAUCUGUGUUUGUUGUGCCGAGCUGUGGUCUGAUCCAGCCUGGGAGUCACCAAAUCCUCGUGCUCAGAACAACUCCCACAGAAAACAGUCCUAAACAGGGGUUCAGUUUACACCUUCGGCUCAAUGCAGCUAAACACACAAAGGAAUUGACAGUUGUCAGUGUUGUGGAACAGAUGCGUAUGUCUCUGGAAGGAGACAACAGUUUAUAUUUCCAGCCAACAGCCGUGGGCUCACAGACGCAGCGUUCCCACCACAUCAGAAACCUCAGCUGCCUACCUCUACGAUUCCAAUGGAGCAUUCCAGAGCCAGAGCAGGAGCUUAUCUCUGUUGAACCAGAUGCUGGGGAACUGCAUCCCAAUGAGAGCUCGGUUCAGAUAUGGUCCUUCAGCCCACUGGCAGAAAAAACAUACACACUCAAACCCACUCUCACCUUCUGGCCGAUCCAAACUCCUGGAUGUAACAAGUCACACCUUACCCUUGAUGUGGUGGGGAUGGGUGCGAAAGGCUCCAUAGAGGCAGAGAAAACAGUUCUGGAUGUUGGGGAGACUCUGGUUGGAAGCUAUCGGUCAAUUCAGGUUCCUCUGGUGAACAACAGCCCCUGUCCUGUGUCCUUUUGUCUCUCUGUACAGCAGAUACUUCUGGAUGAAGAACUUACUUAUGACCCCGAGAGUGAGCCAAAUGCCCUACAGCUGGACUGUGACAGGGGAACCAUCGCCUCACAUGCCACAAUGCUGCUCCGAUCCACUGUCAGGCCACACAGACGAGCCCAGUACCUGUGGACCAUCAGCUACCAGAUGCUGAAUGCCAGUGGGUUUGUGUCAUCCCCUCCCCAAACAGUGUGUGAAGUGCGAGCUCAGGGUGUGUUUCCCACCCUCCAGGUGAUUGAUGUGUGGGGGGGUGGCAGUGUGGGCAGCCUCAGCAAGGUGCAUCUAUGGAAACUCUUCUCACUGGACAGACUCAAUGAGCACAUGCUGUCCAACCCCUCCCCUGCAGAACUCACUUACAGAACCCCUACCAGGCACAGUCUGAGCAGUUCUCCUUCCAUCUUCACCAAAGUCCUGUUGGAUUUUAACUUCAGUGCUGCUCCCCUGACUUCAGAGCCCUCAACGUUUGUGUUGAUGUUUCACAACCCUGGCUUCAUCCCUGUAAACUGGGCAUUCUUGUUUCCAGAGGACCAACAGAUAGAGUUGGAAUACUGGGCCGAGACCGGAGAGUUUAGCAGCACUGAACUGCACCAAAUGAAGGUUCAAGACAACCACCUGUUCAGCAUUUCUCCCCGUUCUGGAACUUUGCUCCCUGGCCAGCAGAGGGCAGUACACUUCACCUACAGCCAUGACUUUGCUGGGACAGAUCGGUUUCCUGUCGUGUUUAAACUUUCUUAUGGCAGAGAGAUCUUGCUGAACUUUCAGGGGGUGACGGUGGAGAGAGACAGACCCUAUCUCCACUUUGCCUCCAAGCGACAUGUCUUCACUUCUGUAACUAUUGGGAACUGUUCUCCUCCGAGGCAGAUGUAUGAACUUAACAAUGGCGGUGCAGUGCCAGUCCGUUAUGAGGUGGACAUGGCUGUGUUGUCACAGCUGCAGGUGGACAACUGUAACCAUCCGUUGCUGUGCUGCCUCAAUCCAGAGGGAGUGGUCCUAUCUGGGAAGACGGCCAUGCUGGAAUGGAUCUUCUCUCCAUUAGAGGCUAAAGUGUACCAUAUGGAUAUUCCUAUCCACGUCCAGGAUGGGCACUCUACGCUGGUGAGAUUUGAGGGAUGUGGGUUAAAUUCCCCUACGCUGGGCUCCAUAACACCAUUUGGCUACAGUGAUACUAAGGCAUCUGAACCCUGUGUCCAGAGGCUGCCCUUCCCGGGACAGGUGCUAUUUCUGUCUGAGGACAGUGUCUGUCUUGGCGACAUCCCUGUGUGCUCACGAUCUUCAAGAAUCCUCUUCCUGACCAAUGUGUCCCACACAGACACUGUCCACUAUACAUGGGACCCGCAGAGCAAUCAGCAGGUGGUGCAGAUCCAUCCAGAUCGAGGUAGUCUGUGUCCAGGGGAGAGUGCCCUUUGUGCCCUUACCUUUACCUCUACUGACUACCCUACUGCUUAUCAGCUAGAUAUCAUCUGUCAGGUUAUUCAGGAAGCAGCGCUGACUCGUUAUCAUGAUGCUUUACAGCGCUGGGAGGAAGAGAAAGCGAGACAGCAAGAUGAAUUCAUUAUAACAGACAAAGACCUUAGACAAAGUCCAGAAGUUCCCAUUGAUAAGGAACCUGUAGCAGCUCCAGUAAGAAAAGGGCCACCACUCAGGAAAUACAAGACUCUUCCUCCUAUCUGUGCCAGUGCUAAUGGUGAAGCAGUGGUCACUAUGUGUACCAAGCUAACUAGAGCUGAGCGGCGGGCGCAGCGAGAGACAGCAAAAGCCCGGAGAUGCCCUGAACCCCCCCAACCUGCUCUGCUGCAUCUGUGGGUUACAGCACACUCCCACUUGCUUCUGGAAUACCCCCCACACUUCCCUAACCAGUCAAAUGAGCACUAUAGAUGCCCCAGCUCAGUCAAGCCCCAGCAACCUGAAGCAUCUUCUUCACGCACAUCCCUCCCUGCUGGGCUGCCUCCCCCGACACAUGGCCCUGAUAGAGAUAUCACCAUGCAUGUACUCACCUCUCUGCUCAGUGGCAUACUAGAUGAUCCAGCCUUCACCCAGUCUCUGAUUACUUUGGCAUCCAAGCCCAUCACCUACCAGCUUCGAAAAACUAGUCCCUCCUCACUUCCAUCCUCCCUCCCUUCCCCUCCCUGUCCUACACCUUCUCACCCUACACACCAACGUCAGGUUCUGUUGAGUGGGACAGUGGGACAGAAAGAACAGCACAACACAGUGGACAGUGAGGGGACUGCGGGAUGUUGGAGAAACAGGCGCACAACGCAAAACACACCACACACUGAGCAUGUGCCUGCUGACAUGACUGAAGAUGUUUUGCUGAACACGCUCCAGAACCUGAUGAUAGAAGCUGUCAGAGGGGAGCUUGUCCUUACAGCGCAUCCCCGCACUGUUAUCCUGCCACCUUUUUCAACCAGAUCCAGGAGGACGUCCAUAGCCAUGGCCGAGGAGGAGAAAGUAGAUCUGAGAAACAGAAAGGAAUCCGCAGUGACAUAAGUCUCACCAUCUAGCCAUCAUCCCAGAGGUCCAGCUCCCUCUGCUGUUUUCAUUAAAAUCCAACUUUUGUUCAUCCAAUGUUCACUUUGCGCUAGUCUAUAUCCUUGACGGAUUUCACUCAUUUAGGCCGGAUAUCCGUUACCUUGGGCUUCC